AUAUUAAUUACGCAUGCACGCAGUUCCUGAACAUGUAACAAUUGGACUUCCAAGAGAAGGAUUACAUACUUUUGAUGACAACACAGAGUUGGCAAAACAUCCAGCUCCAUAUAGAAUUAAGGAAAUUGAAGGUAUGAUUAAGAAAUAAGUUGAAUAGUCUAAUAUACUGAUGAACACAUCAUCGGAACAGUCUUCAAGUAUGCUGAUGCUAAAGGACAUACUAUUGAUGGUCAUGAUAUUGAGAAAUUUAAGCCAUUUGGACAUUUGUUCGGUAAAGUGCAUAAGAAGCACUUCAAAGUCGAUGAUGGUAAUGUUAUAUAAUAAUGUAUUAGAUGACGAAAUUCUUGAAAUUUCAGGACAUGCUGGUGCUAGAAUCAAUGAGUUGAAAUUCAAAACAUAUAGAGGAAAGGAGGAAUCAUUUGGAGUUAAGAAUGGAGUCCACUUUGUCUAUUCAUUCCCAGGACAUACUUUUGGAGCUGUUUCUGGUGGUUAUGAAAAACAUUUGGAUUUCAUUAGAGUUCAUGUCAAUGAACUUCCACCUGCUAAACAUCAUUUAAAAAUUAUCAUCAUCAAGAGUUGAAUUAUUAAUUAUAUAAUAAAAUUAUGUAAUCAUCCAUAAAUAAU